AUGGCUGAACAACAAGUGGAAAAAAGUCACCCGGUCAUCGACCAGUUCAAACGACGUGAUAUUACCAGAGAAGAGACGGCCAAGUUAUACUCAACAUGGGCCAAGGAUUACGACAAGGAUAUAGCAGACCUCAGCUAUUUUUCUCCCAGUAAUGAUGCUGCCGAGCUGGAGAAAUUACUCGGAGAGAAGAAAGAUGCCCUCAUUCUGGACGUUUGUUGCGGAACUGGAUUGGCGGGACAAGAGCUUUCAAAGCGAGGCUUCCAUAAUCUGCACGGCUUGGAUGCGUCAAAGGAAAUGCUUGAGCAGGCAAGACAGAAGGGCGUCUAUAAGAAACUGAUCAAUGCCACUGUUGGUACCAACCGUGUGGACAUUGCCAACGACACAUACGACGCGGUCAUCAUGUCAGGGGGUGUAGGAUGUGGUCACGUGAACGCAGGUGGAUUGGCAGAAAUGAUACGCCUUGUUAAACCAGGUAAGAUAAAAUGA